GGUAAUCUUGGUUCGACGUGACUAUACUCGAUCUUGAAAGUCCACGCUACUGCCAUUUUUAUUGUGUUGACAGUGACAGUGUGGUAGGGUUGACAUAAACCUCAUUUGAGGCCUAUUUGUUGGAAUUUGCAAAUUUAGAGGACGAUUGGAACCACCAGAAUGAGCUCUGUGUUUGCUGCCCCAGUCAUGUCAGGAAAGGAGAAAAUGAGUAACAACAAACCAACAGCUCUGCCUGCGUAUACUCCAGGGCCCCCACCCAUGGCUGCACCACCGACUUAUGCUCAGGCGGUUGGAGGCGUUCCCCCAUCAAGUCCUUUUACUGCUGCUCAGCCACAAAAUGGGCCUACUAUUCUGACCACGGUUGUUCCUGUUGGUCCGCAGUCUACCCACAUGAUCUGUCCUCAUUGUCUAGCCGAGAUUGAGACAUCGACUAAAACUGAGCCGGGAAUGAUUGCGUACAUAUCAGGAGUAGUAAUUGCGUUGCUUGGGUGCUGGCUUGGAUGUUGUCUCAUUCCAUGCUGCAUCCCUGAAUGCAUGGAUGUUCAUCACAACUGUCCCAACUGUAAAGCUUACUUGGGCCGUUUUAGGCGAUGAUUUAAUCUUCAGCCAUUAUUUAAUCAUAUUUGACUCCACAACUCUUUUACAAUUUUAUUCUUGAUUCUGAAUCAACUGCUGCAACAGCAUAAAUUUUGUUCUGUGGUGUUACUAUUUACCAGCACAAUUUCUAUGGACCUCACAAUUUUUUUGAGUCUCUUGGCUUUCAGGCUAGCAUACUGUUUUCAAAGCAUUUAAUGGUCAAUUAUUCUAUCAGACUCAUUCAGCUUUGAAGAAUUCUUUUUCUUUCUGAAGCACUUGAAUCAACUGUAUUGAUGUUGUCAAUUUAAAUGACCUGGCUCAUCAAAAAUUUUGGUACUAGUUUUUAUUGAUUAGAUUAAGAAAGUGACUGCAUGUCUUCAGAGACAAUGGGAUUGAUUCCCCUUCAAAUCUCACUGCAACAUAUGAUCUGAAUCUUGCUUUAAAUUAAAGACCGAACAUACUAGGAGAUUUGUCACUAAAAUGUAUUUUUACAGAAUCAACAUGAACUAAUUUGGAUAUUUUUUGUAAUUUGUGUAACUAGUAACUUUAAAAUUUCUAGUUCCUCUCUUCUUAUGGCUUUCUGUAUGAUAUUAAUCAUUUCAUGGGGAACAGAGGGUUUCAUAUUCUGUUUACUGUCUACUGCAUCAUAAUUUAUAUGUAGACCCAGUUCAGAUCAACCUCUGUUGGAGUAAUAUUAAAUGUUCUGGUCCUUGCAGUGCUACCCACUGCUGCACAUACUCUGGACUUCAAUGAAUUUUCACUAUGUGUAUGCACAAUUCUUGUCUGGCAUUUUACUGAGGGUGUAAUGUAUGUUAUUAUAAUUAUCUAAUAGUUGAAUGACUUGUACAACAUCAUGAAGUUCAGGUACCCAUUUAGCCACUGUUUGUAUUUUCAUAGUAUUGAACCUUUCCACAAUCAACUUUGACAACAUCCUCGUAGAUGUGUAAGGAUUUCACCUGUCAGAUAGAAAGUCUUUUUUUUCUUUUUUUUUUAAAUCUAAAGAAAUAUACAAUGAACUUAUUAAUUUAAUACUAACUGGCCAUUUUGAUACAAUUUGUUUUAAUCAAAGUUAAGGUAGACAUGAUGUGGUAGUGCUUUUGUGUUUAACUUGAACAUACCUACUCUGUGUGUGAUGUGAUGAAAGACUGUUUACAGUCUGGAGGGAUUAUUGGGAACUGUCACAUAUCCUGCUGUAGGGAGUUGAGAGUUGUGCUCUACUUAGUCAUCUGCUAAAAAAAAAAAGGCUACAGCUUUAAUGAGUCCUCAUUAACGCGUUAAGUGCGGCGGACUUUUUACCCCUAUGAUUUAAUCAAACCAAGGGUGCAACUACUAUGUAAAUGGUCGCAUCGCACUUAACAUGUUAAAUCUCACUCAAUGUCUUUGGGUUAUUUAGUUCAAAGUCUUGUUAUAUAGUGUUGUAGUAAGAACUGAUGAUAAAGGAAGGCAUUGCUUUGUUUUAAUUUUUUUGUGCUUUUAGUUGUACCGGAUGUGAUAAUUUUUCCUUUAUCAGAUAAUGAUUUAUUCAAUCUGAUACUGUCCUAUUUUUGUAACAAAAUAACGUUCAAUGUAAUAUAUAUAGCAUUUUACUCUAAA